UCAGCUGUCAGCAAACUGUCAAAAGUCAGCUGCAAUCGAAAGCAAGCUGUCUCACAGUCGGAGCCGAAUUAAUUCGUUAUCAAAAUAAUAAUUCAUGUGUAAAUAGUUCAAUAAGUUGUAAAUAAAUGUUAACAUCAAAUUUUAAAACAGAAUUACAAGUGAUGUGAUAGUUCUUAUGAGAAAUAUCCGUGUGGUUCACUACACGUAUUUUAAGAACGGAUGGAAUGUUACUCGUGUGUACAAAGUGGCGGCAAUGAUGCUGAUCCGGAUGAACAUGCGCGUGGCGCUCGGCGCGCUCUGCGCGGCCGUGGUCAUCUUCACGCUGUUCUGGGGCCACUGUGGAGACCUCUCCCGGAGACCCAUCGGAUCAGUCCUGUCGAACGCACUGGAGCGCGGUGCGAGCGACAUGGACAUGAUCGAUUGCACCAUCAACGGCGAGUACUCAGUCUCGUGCCGGCGGGACCGCGACAGAGACGAGGUCUACGUGCCCUUCUCACUCGUGCACAAGUACUUUGAGAUCUACGGCAAAAUGACAACAGCAGAUGGCGUAGAGAAAUUCGAAUGGUCUCACAGUUACGGUAAGAUCUACCAUCCGAAGAAAAGGUAUGAUCCAAGAGGCACCUUCACCACCUUCGAGAAUUACAACGUGGAAGUCCGGGACAGGGUCAAAUGCAUCAGCGGGAUCGAAGGCGUCCCCGUCAGCACGCAGUGGGAGCCGAAAGGUUUCUACUACCCAACACAGAUCGCGCAGUUCGGGCUAGCACACUACAGCAAGCACAUAACUGAAGCAGAACCUAAAAGACGGAUCAUAGAUGAUGGGGAGAAGCAUUUGGAGAAUUGGAUAAUCAGUAAGGAUGCGUACAUGGCGCGAGAGUUUGAUUCGUCAGUGCAGUCCAACGUGCUGAGGUUUUCCACGUCAGACCACGCGUCCAGCCAGGUCUGGCUAAAGGUGAAUCUCACGCAGGAUUUCGUGAUGAGUGUCGAUAUCCAGAUGAAAGCGAACUCCUCCCUGACAGUUGUCUUGCAGAAUAAAGACAAAAAAGAGACUGUAUACUUACAUUAUGUAACCAGUACGCAGUUGAUCAGUGCGCAGGAUGACCACAUAUACUACGGCAUUGGGACAGAUCAACAGUGGAGACGAAUCACUCGAGAUCUUAUCAUCGACAUGCAAAAAGGCUGGGCACUACAAGAUCGACCGAAAAGACGGUCUCCUAGAAAUAAGUUUAAGAUCUCGAGCAUGAUCCUGAGCGGCAGCGGCGCGCUGGACAACGUGACGGUGUCGAGCAGCGAGCACAUGCUGCAGUUCUUCGCGGCGGCGCGCUGGCUGGUGCGGGCGCAGCGCGCGCGCGGCGGCGGCUGGCCCAUCCCCGUGCGCCGCAGGAUGGCGGCCGGCGUGGCCGAGCUCAAGCCGGGCUGGCACUCGGCAAUGAGUCAGGGUCACGCGAUCUCUUUGCUGUCGCGCGCGUACUACCGCAGCGGCGACGCCACGUACCUGCAGGCCGCCAAGCGCGCCCUCUACCUGCUGGACGUGCCCAGCCACGCCGGCGGGGUCAAGGCCAUGUGGAUGGAUAAAUAUGUCUGGUACGAGGAGUAUCCCACCAAACCACCUCUGUUCGUCCUCAACGGAUUCAUCUACACUCUCCUCGGUCUCUACGACCUACACGUAAUAGAAGGUGAGAACUCUAUAUCUUUAGCCAAGAAAAUGUUUGAUGACGGUAUGACGUCACUGAAGACCCUUCUGCCGCUGUUCGACACCGGUAGCGGGAGCUUUUACGACCUGAGGCACUUCACGCUGGGAGUAAGCCCUAAUAUUGCAAGGUGGGACUACCACGCUACACAUGUCAACCAGCUGUACCUCCUCGCGGGCCUGGACAGUGACCCCAUACUGAUCAACACGGCGAAACGCUGGGAGGGGUACAUGCAGGGCAAGAGAGCCGCUCAUAAUUGAUAUCACAUGUCGGCAGGCGACACCUGCUUCUUUAUCUUCUUGAAGUCGCUACUUGGAAGUAAGUCAGGAUUUAAGAGCAUACGUUAAAUGUAUGCCAAUUGCCAAUUGCCCUCAUUGGUAAUGUUUAAAUUCGAUCAUGGGAUAAGGUUAGUUCUGGCUUUGUUCAGCCAGAGGGCGGAUCGUUCGAAUUUAAGAUGAGAGGGGUUCUUACACUGGCUUACCAGAAAAAACAUUUUAAACUCGAAUGCUCGAUGACAAUAAACGUUCCGAGUUGCAUCGACGAUUCUCGAAUAUUCUCCAAAAUCGAAUUCAAAAUGAGUUUGAAUUCAUUUGAACGAAUUUAGCCGACGCUUUGCCGAAGUUACUCUUCACAAGUGGAACAGUAACGGGACUGAUUGGGUUUCGAGAAUGAGCUAGAAUGCUCUUAGACUGUUUGUAAUAAGUAUACAGAAAGAAUUACGGUUAGCUUAGGAGUCCGAAUCAAACGUGUGUAAAUACUGCCUCUGGGCACAAAAAUAAAGAUAUUUUUCUACGACAUAAAGACAAACAAAAGGCAAAGAUUUAAAUAAAUUAAAACUUCAUUGUACAGAUAAUUUAUUGGUAGGAUUAGAUUUACAAGAUAAGUGAAACUUUGUUUAGAAAUCUUUUCCGCAUAUUUCGACACAUUUUUUAAGGUAUUUAUGAUUUAAGUAACAAAACAUAUCAAAGUAUGAACAAUGCCAAUGUGUAGAACAAUAUAAGACAAUUAUUUUUACUACUUUGAAGUUGAUCUACUACGAUACAAGAUCAAGUCUUAUUCUUUCACAAACCGCUUUUCAAUAUUUCCAGUAUUUUAUAAUUGAUUAAAAACAAUAAUUGUAAAGAGAUAUAUACCCUUAAUAUUUGCUGAAAAGAAACUUGACUUUAAACCCAAAGACAUUUUAAGUUAAAUCGUUUGUAUAGUUCAUAAGCUAUACGAUCUUUUUCAAAGAUACCGGUGAAGACUGAUGACAAAAACAAUUUGUAAUAUUUACAAAUUAUGUAGGUACACAAGAAACUUUCAAUGUGAAGAAUUUAUUUUACUGUACGCUACAUAUUAAAUGUAUUUCUACUAAACAAAAUAUUUCGUUUCCAUAUAAAAUCGUAUGGAACUCUUGACAUCCACUUUCUAGUGAAAUUGAAGACAUAAAAGAUUAUGUAUCGCGUCUGUGGCGUACAGUGAAAGGAUUUUCUUUAGAUUAUUAAUUUGGCUUAUCGAUUUUUAUCAUUUAAUUUAAUAUUGUACUCUACAGUAGAGGAUAGUGUAACUUCGUAGUGUUAGUGGACGUCAUAUCAACAAUACAUGUAAAUACAUUGACACUGUAACAACGUAUAAUCAAUUUUAACUCAUCUCUGCGCGCGGUGCCAUGUGUGUGUAACCCUCGUUAAUAUACAAGGAAAAUGCACUAAACACAGCUUUAGUUCGUGUGUCAUUGCCACACAAGUGGAAUCUUCUUAUAAAUAAAAAUGAAUGGCUGUUCGUUAGUCUGGCUUAAACUCGAGAACGGCUGAACCGAUUCGUAAAGGACCAGGGAGCGUUUAAACGGUGACAAAAUUUGCAAAAGUUGCAAAAAAGACAUGAAUAUUUGUCUGCAUUGUUAUUAUCGACUGUUAGGCCGUAGGUACAUGGUUCGCCGGGACAGCUUAUCUCCAAUAGUAAUAAUGCGGUCAAUAUCACUCACACAUAGCAACGCACGCGCAGGUGAGUCAAUCUAUUUGUAACUUAGGAAAAUCUUUUAUAACUUGUUUUCUUAUAUUCUUCUGUGACUAUGUUAUGCUUGCCUAACAGUUAUUAUUUAAGAGCUAUAUUAUUUACGAAUGUUAUUAUUAUUAUUUUGAUAUAUUUAUUUUUAAUACCUAAUUUUAUAUACAAACACUUUUUACAGUGAUUGAAUGCCAAUUUAUACUUCAGCGGAGUCGAAAAGCAUCAAUGCCUAUUAUUUAUAAAGAAAUAUGACCCUUAUGUCGUUGAGUUAAGGGUGUUGUAAGGAUUCAUGAGCCCUGUGGCUCUGCUGUAGAAUGAUUUGACCCCUAGAAAAGCUGUAUUAAAAACAAUAUGAGUGAUCCAACAACGUCUUGCCAUUAAGAUUUUAUUUACAAAUUAUUAAUCAUUUUAUUAUUGUUCGCAAAUGCGCCUCAAAAUUAGAGUAAAUAAUACUGACUACUAGCGGAUAUCAUCAUAUAAGAAUGUACUAGGUAAAGUAAAAGAAAAACAACCUUAUUGACUUCUUGUGGACGAAGGGCCGAAUGGACGUGAAAAUUGUAAAAAAAGAGUUUGUAGAAGAGUAGGAAUAUAGAUUCUGUCCUAAUACUUGAUGGCAGAGGCUCCCAUACUAUCUACCAGAUUCAAGUGUCUGUGAAGAUUUACGCUAGUGGUCGUUAGCCUAAUAAUUCUUAUGUCUUAUUAUAAACGACAAAUAAUUAAAUAUAAUCAUCAUAAAUAGGUAGAAAGUAUAGAAAAAAUAUAUAUUGUAUGUAAAUAUAAUGAGCCAAUUGAGUACUUAGUAAUUAGUAGAACUUCAGCUUCAGGAAUAGAAUUGUAUGCAAGUUUUAAUAACGUAUACGUAAUCUUGCCCAGAUAUGUUCAAAAUGCAUUAUUUAAAUAUUUAUAUUAACUUUAGACUAAUUUAAUUGUCAACCUAUCUGUGUUAGGAUGUUGCAAAUCAUUGCAUACGCACGUUUCUUGUUAUAUUUAUAUAUUUUAUCUACAAAUUGUGCUGACGCACUAUGAUAACUCCGUUGUAAAUUUCUCGCUAUGAGUAAUAUGCCUCGUCACAGCUUUCCUCAUCUAUUUUCAGCUUUUUAUAUGAUUCUCAGUUUUUUUUGUCCCAGUCUUUUCAAUGUUCUCUAUUAAGCUUUAACAUACUCUCGCAGUAUGAAGCCGGAGACGGAAGGGCGGGAGUCUUUAAAGUACUGUUGCAGUUGUGGAAGAUAGAUAAUGCUAUUCAACACAUAGCGCCCUGUCUCGCUUUCAAACUGGAACGGUGGUGGUCGACAUCGGUCCUCAGGUGAUCGAACACCUUUUUCUUUCUCUGGUGCUAUGGGCAACCAUUUCUAGACACUCAUGGCUUUUUUACUUUUUGCCCAGUUACCGCGACACUUCCAAUCUUAUUUGAUCCUUGCUGCCCUUUCUACCUACCUCAAUUAUGCCCGUUUUGCAACGUAACAUAUCAUAGAAAAUGUAUUCCUGUUGAGAACUUGUACAAAUUAAAAUCAAUUAUCUGAUGUCUUAAAUAGUCUCCUAUUACUAGACUUUUUCAUAAGGCAUGUCUGAUUAGUCGAGCGACUUUCCGUAUAGACAAUACAAAAAAAGUUGUACCUAUAGAGUUUUUUCUAGAAAAAGAAUAUUAUUAAAUCUAUUAGAUUGUCGUCCGGCUGUGAGCAAAAGCACAAUUUUUAUAACUAUUAAAAUUUUCGGAAGUCAAUUGUUGGGUGUAUCAUAACUUAACAAAUGUUGAAGUAAUUAAAAUCUGUCUAUGAGGAUUGAUGCCCCGAAUAUUUGUAAAUGUUUAGAUGUAGAUUUACAGUAAAGUUCUACUUGUUCCAUAUUUAUAUCUAUCGGGACAAGUUAGUAGCAAGUACCUAUAAGAAGAAAAAAGUUGUAGCUAACAGGUUUAUAGACUAUAUCUAUGUAUCAAUAAUUACUUAUAUAUGUGGUACAUUAUGUAUUUCAAGUGUUACCAACAACCUUUCUCACUAAUAAUGUUAAUAAUGCAAACAAUAAUUUUAAAAUACUAAUUUAUUAACUUCAAUGUAUUCUGAAGUUUCUACGAGAAUGUACCUAAUGUGGUUAGAACAAUAUUGUUUACCUAGCUUUAAUUCGUUUAAUUUAUUGUGCAUUUUUUUGUCAAAACGUUCGUGGUGCUAAGCCCUGAUAAACGUGCUUCGUAAUAAAAAGAAGUCAAAAUUGAACAUUCCAUUUAUAAAAGAGCUUAUUAACCUAGUAGUUAUUGUAUAUACUGUUCUUAGAGCACUGUUUUUGUUAACUUUCUGUAUUUAACAUGUGAAAAUGUUGCCAUAUGAUGAUGUUAUACAAAUUAAUGAAAUUUUAACUCGGGCACUAUGUGACCCUUUCAAUUCCAAAUUCUUAAUAAUGCUAACAGCUACUGACAAACGGUGAAGGAAAACAUCCUGAGGAAACCUGGAUUCCAUGUAUUGGAAUCUGUAGGCAUUCGCUAACUCGCAGUGAGCAAGCGUAACGAUCAUUGCUCGAACCUUCUCUAUAAGGAAAAAGGCCUGCGUCCUGUUAUAGGCUUAGUAUCGUCAUGAUGUUAAUUAGUUUAAUAACAAAAAGUUUAUAUAACAUCGUUGUGUGGUAUGAAUAUUCGUGUAAUGAUAUGUAAUAACUUAUUCUGCAUUUGUAGAUUGUAGUGGGAUAGUGAAUGCACUUGUGAAUGACAAUAAAGCGUCUCAAUUAUAA